AUGAAUAGGACGAGGCAAAACGGGAUAGGAAAGAAGGGGACGACGCGUAACGAGACGGGAAGAAACAGGACGAGGCAUAGUAGAAAGAAAAUGAACGGGACGAUGCAAAAUGGGCGGAACGAGAAGGGAAGAAACAUGACGGGAAGGAAUGGAAAGAAAAUGAAUGAGACGUGGCAAAAUGGGAUGGGAAAGAAUGGGACGAGGUGGAACGACACAUGA